AGGGCCCGAGCGAGAACAGGAAGUGGUAAUUGGAAAAGGUACCAGGCUAGUUUCAGUCAGUUAGAUCAGUUCGGCUUUUUAAAACCGUAGUUAACAUGGGGUUGUUCGGGAGAACGCCAGAGAAACCACCAAAAGACUUGAUCAAUGAAUGGUCUCAGAAAAUUAGAAAGGAAAUGAGAGUGAUUGACAGACAAAUACGAGAUAUACAAAGAGAACAAGAAAAGGUUAAAAGAUCCAUCAAAGAUGCUGCCAAAAAGGGACAGAAAGAUGUGUGUGUGAUCCUCGCAAAGGAGAUGAUUCAGUCAAAACGGGCUGUUUCAAAACUUUACGCUUCAAAAGCCCAAAUGAACUCUGUGCUUCUUGGCAUGAAGAAUCAGCUUGCUUUGUUGCGUGUCGCUGGGGCCAUGCAGAAGAGCACAGAAGUCAUGAAAGCUAUGCAGAGUUUAGUGAAAAUACCAGAGAUCCAAGCCACCAUGAGAGAGCUAUCAAAAGAGAUGAUGAAGGCUGGUAUUAUAGAGGAGAUGAUGGAAGACACAUUUGAAAGCAUGGAAGAUGGAGAGGAGAUGGAGGAAGAAGCGGAAGAGGAGGUUGACAAGAUCCUGUUUGAGAUUACAGCAGGUGCUCUUGGCAAAGCGCCGAGCAAAGUCACAGAGCCCCUUCCAGAAUUGCAGCCUGCUGGGGCAGCUGCAGCCUUAGAUGAUGAGUCAGAGGAAGACAUGGAAGCAAUGCAGUCAAGACUGGAAGCUCUGAGGAGCUAAGGUGAACUACUCCUGUGGCUUGAAGACAGAGACAAUUCUGGUGCAGGAUUCACAGUCCUGAACAUCCUAUUUACUUCAUACUAUAAUUUUACAUAAUCAUUUGGGGUUAACAUCCUGCUAAGACAGUUAAAGUGUGUUUUUUCCCCCUAAAACAGUGGUUUUGCAUUUAUCUUUUAUUACCAGGGGUAACUUGAGGUAUGUCUUUAUUAUCCAAAGUCAAACAGAGGGUUUAAAAAGAUGUGUAUAUUGUAAGUAUGGAAGCCUGCUGUGCCUAAAGUGCUUCAUUUUUUUUCUCCUGUCCUAAGUUAUGUUGUGGAGGUACUCGGGUAUUUAUGAUCCAAAAAAGUGAUAAAAUAACUGUAGAUAAAUCCCACCAUACAGCAGAUCACCAAUAAGUGGAAGUUUUUUAUUUCUUAGGAUACCUUUUGUAAGAAAUCGCUGUUCAGUUCACCAGUAAUUAGCCAACACUAGGGUUGAUGGGCAAAUUUUGUUUUUGUUAGUUGAUUUUGUUUUUUUUAUUAUUAUUGUUCAGUCAAGGUGUACUCGUCUGUUAUGUAUGUGUUCAUAUACUCAUCAGAAAAUGCACACAUACUACUUUUACCCAUGUUUUGCAUUAACAUUCGGCUUAUUAAAUGUUUGACUGUG